AUGAAAUACCUUCAAGAAAGAGCAAUUCUUGCACCUACUCUUCAAAUGGUGGAAUUGGUGAAUGAUUACAUGGUUUCUCUCAACUAUGGACAGGAGAAGUCAUAUUUAAGUUCCGAUACAGUUUGCAUGUCUGAUCAUUCAUUUACAUCUUUAGGACAUGUGCAUACACCUGAAUUCCUAAAUAGUAUUAAAAGCUCAGGUAUUCCAAAUCACUCUAUCACUUUUAAGGUAGGUGUUCCUGUGAUGUUGUUAAGAAAUAUAGAUCAAUCAGCAGGUUUGUGUAAUGGCACAAGAUUAAUCAUCACAAGACUCGAAAAUCGGGUAAUUGAAGUGAAAGUGUUAUCAGGAAAAGAAUCUGGCAAUAAGGUUUUUAUUCCGAGAAUGUCACUUACUCCAUCUGAUUCACGAAUUCCUUUUAAAUUCCAACGAAGGCAGUUUUCAAUGAUCGUAUCAUUUGCCAUGACCAUCAAUAAAAGUAAAGGUCAAUCAUUAUGUAAUGUGGAAUUAUUUUUGAAGAAGUCUGUGUUUACUCAUGGACAAUUAUAUGUUGCCCUUUCUCGAGUAACAUCUAGAAAAAGGCUGAAGAUCUUAUGUUAUAAUGAAGAUGAGAAAAUAACAAAUGAAACUACAAAUGUAGUGUAUAAAGAAGUCUUCUCUAAUUUAUAG